AUUAUGUUUGUUGUUCCUUUUACUGUUUUAAUUGCCGUUAAUUCAAUGGUUAUUGGAGCUAUUCACAAAUCUCGAAAAAUCCAUGCCAAAUUAAAUGUACGUGAAGGAAAUGGUGCUAGAAAACAAGAAUUAGCUAAAGAAAUAAGUACUUCUAUAAUGCUUGUUGCCAUUGUUAUAGCAUUUCUUCUUUGCAAUACUUUGGCAUUUGCAGUCAAUUUAUUAGAAAAAUUAGAUUUUCAAGGAUUAUUGUAUAUUCGAUUAGUUCCUUGGUCUAAUUGGCUUGUUUUGUGUAAUGCAAGCAUUAAUAUUUGUAUUUAUUGUAUAUUUUCUGAGAGAUACAGAGCCUUAUUAUUUUAUUAUUUACGAUGUUUUAAAAGAAAAGGAGGAGGAGGAGAUAUUAAUAAUCAAAAUAAUAUUGGAUUUAAUGGAACUUCAAUGAGCUUUUUAUAA